AUGAAGUAAGUAACCGUUUUAAAUUUUAAAUAUGUGAUUCUCUCUGUCCGUGGUUUAGCCUCAAACUAUGCAACAGAGGCAAUAAUAUAUGAUACUUACAUGUAAGUCGGUGCUAACGGUUAUCUAAGACUGUAAAGAGACCGGUCCAGUUUUCCCCAUCUAUCCGAACCCCGUUUAAAAAUCGUACCAUUUAACGUUUCCUCGACAAAAAAAAUAACAAAGCCGUUUUCACCUGUAUAAAAGUUUAAAUUCUAAAUAUUCAAUAAUGUAUUUUGAGUUCGGCAGUGACAAAGCUAGUCAUCCUGGGUGUCUUCAGCUGGUCUAUAUUGGUGAUAAAUGUUUCUCAGUUCAGGCAAAUUAGGGCUCAAAGGAAAAUCUGAUCACAUGGAGUGUAUGUAGACUUUCUUGCCCUAUACAUGUCUCGCGGUGUCUGAUAAAUGUGAUAAAUCCUCUCUCUAUAACACACAAAUUUUUUGUUGUUGUCUGUUUUCAGUCCACUGACGAAGGUGAAGUUGAUCAACGAGCUGAAUGAGCGAGAGGCCGACCUCGGGGUGAACGAGUCUGUCUCCUGGCACACUGAAUACAAAGACAGCGCCUGGCUUUUUAUUGGUAAAUUCAGACUUUUCAGACCUGAUGAAGAUUUACUGUCGUGAAUGAAAGGGAAUAAAUUAAAUCAUGGUUAUUUUUACCCUGCAGGAGGGUUUCCAUACGAGCUGACCGAGGGUGACAUCAUCUGUGUCUUCUCUCAGUACGUAUCUGCUCCCUUCAACAUACAGCUUCGAUUCUGCAGCACAUUUAUCCUCCCUUUUUUUUAAAUAUCCAUGAUCAGAGAACAACAUAUACUUUCUUUCUCUAUCUGCAGGUAUGGAGAAAUAGUGAACAUCAACCUGGUCCGAGACAAAAAGACAGGGAAGUCUAAAGGUUUCUGCUUCCUCUGCUACGAGGACCAGCGGAGCACCAUCCUCGCCGUGGACAACUUCAACGGAAUCAAGGUGACACAGCUGAUACUGACAAUUAGCAGAGUUUUAAGACAGGUUUGAAGAGCUGCUCGGUGCACAGGGAAGCUGGUAUCCUAACCGACCCAGGUGAACUGCUGGGUAUUUGUAUAGAGGUAUGAUGUGGUCCUCCAAGUACUUUGACAGACAAAGCAAGGACAGCAAAUCGAGGAACCAAACAAAAUAAUUAAGCAACUCAAUAAAAGCAAUAAAGAAAAGUAAAACAGGACAUUUGUAGUCAUUCCAAAGUCCUUAUCUCUUCAUGGAGGUCAUUCAAAAGUCCAUAUGUCCUAAAAGUGGACUCUCAUAAGCCCUUUUUCUCUGAGGGAGGUCGUUCCAAAGUCAAGGGUACCUUAAUAAUAAAGAUGUAACCUCCUUUAGACAUGAGCCCUGACUUUUGAUCCACCAGGCUCAUCUGGCGUCAUCUAUUUCACCAUGUUUCCAGACAUGGGACCCAGACAAUCCUUAAGACUGAACAUUAAAAUCCCAAAACGAACCCCAACAGUUCAUUUAAAGAUUUUAAUCUUUAAAGAGUGCACAAAAGUUCUCCUCUUCGGGGUCUAAAUGGUUCGUAACACUUGAUUUUUAUUCUUAAUUAUAAUAAUAAAAUUGUGUUCUUCAGAGCUCUUUUGCUUCUAUUGUCUCGAAUGUUUCCUUGUUGCUCAGUCUUGGUUUACUCUGGGUUUGUUUAGAUUAAAGGACGGACCAUCCGUGUGGACCACGUCAAAGACUACCGUCCUCCCAAAGACUCAGAGGACAUCGACGAUGUCACCAAACAGCUGAGAGAGCAGGGCUGUGCCCCUAAAAUCCACCCACCCCCCUCCUCCUCUGAGGAAGAUGAGCAGUACGCCAUACCUGUGAAGAAACCAAAGAAAGGUGAGCUCUAGUGGACACUGGAGGAACUGCAGUUUUUCAGUUUGUUGUUGUUGCCUCUUGUAGUAACUGUGUUUCCCCACUGUGGGGCAGUGUGAUUGUGUCAUCAGAGAAAUAUUUACUCUUCACUGUUUUCUGCUGCAGACAAGAAAGAGAAGAAGAAAAGGAAGAAAGAAAAGAAGGAGAAGAAGAAGGCAGAAAAAGAGAAGGAGAGGGAGAGCCGGGUGCUGCACUCCUCCUCUUCCUCCCCCUCUACUCCUCCUCCUCCUUUAGCUGUCAGAGUCAAAGAAGAGAAGCAGGAUGCCGCCUACGACAAGUACAACCAGAGGGGGGCGCCACCAGGAGGACAACAGAAUGGACAGAGAGCAGCGAGGGAGGAAGAGAGGAGGAGAGAGGUGAAGAGAGAGACGGAGGAAGACAGGAGGAGGAAUAGAGACAGGAGCAGAGAGAGAGAGGGGGAGAGAGAGUACGAGAGAAAGAGAGAGAUGGACAGAGAGAGAGACAGGGAUAGAAGAAGAGAGACAGAGAGGGAAAGAGAGAGUGAUAGAAGGAGGGAGACAGAGAGAGAGGGUGAGAGAAGGAGAGAGACAGAGAGAGAGAGUGAAAGAAAGAGGGAGACAGACCGGGACAGAGAGAGUGAAAGAAGGAGAGAGACAGAAAGAGAGAGUGAUAGAAGACGAGAAAGCGACAGAGAGAGAGAUACUGAUAGAAGAAGAGAGAAUGACAGAGACACUGAUAGAAGAAGAGACAGAGAAGAUGACCGAAGAAGAGAGACAGACAGAGACAGAGAGCGGUCACACCGACACUGA